CAUACAAACAUUGCAUCAUCCGCGGCCCCGGUCCCCCGCAGUUCUUCUCUCAUGUUUUGGACAUAGACACUACUCAAUGGACAAAUUUCUUCGCGAAUGGCGACAGGAUGCCGUCAACAAACAUCAGUACGAGACAGCCAUUUUCGUUGCCGACAAGCUGCUGGCCCUCACAGGAGAUGAUCAAGACUCGUUCUACCUGGCACAAAUCCACUUCAAUACCGGCAACUAUAAUCGUGCGCAGUCGUUCCUCGCCCGCGGCAACCUGACAGACCGCAACCCUCAAUGCCGCUACCUCGCAGCCCACUGCGCAAUAAAGCUCGGGAAGACAGAGGAGGCUUUGGCGAUACUGGGCGACAAGAACCCCACGCAUCUCAUCACGGCACCCGGCAGUGCGCGCCAGAAGCUCCGGCAUGUCGACGUAAACACUCGGGCAGGUGCGCGGCACGGCAAACAUGGCUCGCGUUCCGAACGUGUGCCGACGAGCGAGGAGCGAGACCGGGAAGACGUCAACAACAUCAAGUCGGAGGCAGGCAUGUGCUACCUGAGGGGCCUGUGUUAUGCCAAGCAGAAUGCCUUCGAUCGGGCCAAAGAGUGCUACAAGACGGCGUGCCAGAUCGACGUACAGUGCUUUGAAGCCUUCGAUGCCCUGAUGACCAACUCACUCAUGUCUCCUACCGAGGAGUGGAAGUUCCUCGACUCGCUCAACUUCGAUGCCAUCAACGUUCCCAACAACCCCUCGCUUUCACAAGAGGCCGCUCAAUUCACGAAGACCCUGUACACGACACGCUUGUCCAAGUACUCGCGCCCAACCGAGUUCGAAGAGGCAGUGGAACAGCUGACGACACACUACAAGCUCGCCGACAACCCAGACAUCAUCCUCGCCCGGGCCGACCAGCGCUAUACGAGUUGCCGCUUCCGUGAAGCUCUCGAGCUGACCUCGUCGGUUUUGAAAGAAGACAAAUACAACUUUGCAAUUCUUCCUGUGCAUCUCGCUGCACUCUACGAACUGAAAGAGAGGAACGUUCUUUUCCUGCUUGCGCACGAACUCACAGACACGCAUCCUUCAGAACCAUGUACCUGGCACGCCGUGGGCAUAUAUUAUCUAGCAACACACCGCAUCGCCGAGGCACGGAGAUACUUCUCCAAGGCUUCUGUCAUGGAUCCGCAUUUUGGACCUGCUUGGAUAGGCUUUGCACACACGUUCGCUGAAGAGGGAGAGCAUGAUCAAGCUAUCUCAGCAUAUUCCACCGCAGCGCGAUUGUUCCAAGGCACGCAUCUCCCACAGCUCUUCCUUGGUAUGCAGAAUCUACAGCUCAAUAACAUGGUCCUCGCACAUGAAUAUCUAGACACUGCGUACCAGCUGUGUCCAACAGAUCCGCUGCUGCUCAACGAAAUGGGUGCAGUAUACUAUCACGAGGGUCACCUCAUGGAGGCCAUCUCUAUGUUCCGCCGUGCUCUUGGGAUCAGUGAACAGAACAAUGCCGACAUCGCGUCUCUCAUCCCUAUCCGCACAAACCUAGGGCACGCUCUUCGCCGCGACGGACAACUAGAAGAAGCUUUACAAACCUUCGAAGACGUCCUGCGCCACGGUGUCAAAGAUGCUUCUGUCUUCUCUGCAAAAGGGCUUGUGUUGCUCGAACUUGGAAGGACAUGGGACGCUGUCACGGCAUUCCACGAGGCGCUCGCAGUCGCACCGCAGGAUCCUAUGGCCACUGACCUACUCAACCGCGCCCUCGAAACCAACGAAGACGACGCAAGUUUCGCGGGCGCGGACAAAACUAUUGGUACCGAGCAGAGCUUGGGUGAGGAGGACAGCGAUGAGGAAAUUGAGGAAGUAGAGCGCUUGCUGGGUGGUAGGCUUAGAGAGAUCCAGCAGAACAAGGUCGCAGGGAGGAGCCGGAGGAGGAGAAACGUGCCUCUAGACGAUCCAAGUGCUCUAGAGGAAAGUAUGGCGGUCGACUCGGAUGGGUAGUGCCCGUAGUAGGCUUCCCUUGUAAUCGUAAUGUUUUGUCUGUUAGCGAGCGGGUUGCAUUGGCGGAGUUUGGGUAGCCUUUUAUGGCCUUCAGGAGCGCAAAAGUAUGACAACGGCAUGCUUGGCGCUUGGUGUCCUUUGGGACAUUUGUGUGGAUUCGUACUUCUGGC